AUGGCAUGCAUCGCCUCAGAUCCAAUGCUUGACAUACAACCCGAUUUUGCAUCACCCACCUUCGAAGGACUCAGGAACCAGAUUAUUGGAGGAACACAAACAACUCACAAUGAAGUUGUAGUAGACCUAAUUGUGGCCUGGCAACAGGACCGCAACCUUAGAGUUGUGGCAUGGACAAGGCAAGUCAAGGAAGAUGCUCACCUCGCAGCUGAAGCAGCAAGAGUGGAUAGAGAACAAGAAGCCCAAGAAUGCCUUUGGCUGGAGCAUGAAGCUGAAGAUGAACUUCAUGAAGCUGAGAAAAAGAAACCGAAAAUCAAUGAUUUCCAGGUGGGCACGGCUGUCAGCGACAUUCUCACCCCUCGCCCAUCACAAUAUGCCAUCCACAAGCUGAAAUCCUUUGAAUAUGUCAAGCUCUGGUACUUCAGCCCAGAUGGCUGCAAGGCCACAGCAGAUGAGGCCAAAACCAGUGCGGACAACGCUUUUGGCUUCACUAAAGUCGAUGAUUUCGUCGCCCUUAAGCCAGUUGCAUCCUUCAAAGCCUCCCACAGGGCCAUCCAGGACCAUUGUCUUGAGUGGUGCCAGUUUGACCUUGCCAAGAACAGCUUCCUGCUUUAUAUCAACAAGCUUAAUUGGCCCACGAAGCACCAAUGA